AUGCAGACAAAACUGAAUUUGGCUCCAGCCUACAAAUAUAAAAGAAGGAGCUUACCUAGGUCGAGGUCGGAGGACGCGCUACCAUGGUUGCUGAUACACGAACUCCGUCCAGAUCUCCUCAUGCUAUUUGAAGCUGCUGGUGGAUCCACCUUUCUUCAUUCUUCACUGGUUUCCAGCGGUUGUAGCUUCAAAAUGUGUGGAACUCACGUGUACCAUGGACCCAUGGGGAAGAUGUGCGUCAGAUGGGGAGGUGGCCGGCAUGCCUGCGGGGAGGUGGACGGCGCACGGCGGCGAGACCGGGCCACAGGUCUGAGUGCAUCCAUCACCACCGGCAAGCAGCCGAGCUGCUCCCAUGUGACCAUGUCACUCCUGGCCUCUCCUGCGCCAGAUCGAGGCCAUGCUCCUGCGAGCACAGCGUCGACGACGGGGCCGGUGGAUCUGCAAGCGCCAUGGCCACCUGACCCGCUUGCUACCCCUCUUCUCUUCCCUUCCCUCCCUUCCCUUCUGAAAACGGGAGGGGGGAGGUUGUGGGUGGAGGCUGGCCGGAGGAGACGGGCGCGAGUGGCGGCGGACUAG